CUGGAGGCCGGGCCGGCGCGGACGCCCGCUGCCUGCCCCGCGGAGCCCUGCGCUCCCCUCCGCAGCGUCGCCGACGGAGCGGGCUGGGCGCCGCGGCCCCUGCGAGCCCGGGCGGCACAGCGGCCUUCGAGACCCUUCGCCGGUGAAAGACCCCCCCUCAGUGCGGCCCUCCCGCCCGGAGGCUGCGUCCGCGUCUGCGUGUGAACGCGCUGGUCCUUCGAGCGAGUUCCUGGGGCGGUCGCUAGGCUUAUCUUGACGGUGAAGGGAGCUCCCUAGUGCAGCAUACUAAGGAAGAAGACUAAUUUUGUACACACAAUAUUUAUUACCUUUUAAUAAUUGGAUCAGAAGAUGAACCCAACAAAUCCUUUUAGCGGGCAACAGCCUAGUGCUUUCCCAACAUCUAGUAGUGCCAUAGGAUCAUUUCAGCCUAAGCCACCGUUUCGAUUUGGUCAGCCUCCUCUUUUUGGACAAAACAAUACAUUAUCUGGGAAGAGCUCAGGAUUUUCACAGGUACCCAGCUUUCCAGCGUCUUCUGGAGUAAGUUAUUCCUCUUCAGUGCAAACAUCAGGAUUCACCCAAACUUCAAGUGCUGGACUCUUUUCCGGACUUGAACACACUCCUCCUACCUUUGUAGCUACCUCUGGGCCUUCAAGUUCAUCUGUGCCUGGAAACCCAGGAUUUAGUUUUAAAUCACCCACCAAUGUUGCGGCUUUCCCAAGUACUUCUACUUUUGGACCAGAAGCUGGAGAAACAACAAGCUCUGGUUUUGGGAAAACAGAAUUCAGCUUUAAACCUCUGGAAAAUGCAGUGUUCAGACCAAUAUUGGGGGCUGAAUCUGAGCCAGAGAAAACCCAGAGCCAGAUUACUUCUGGGUUUUUCACAUUUUCCCACCCAAUUAGUAGUGGGCCUGGAGGCCUGGCCCCUUUUUCUUUUCCUCAGGUGACAAGUAGUUCAGCUACCAAUUCAAAUUUUACUUUUUCAAAACCAGUUAAUAGUAAUAAUUCAUCAUCUACUUUUACUCCUCCUUUGUCAAAUCAAAAUGUAGAGGAAGAGAAGAGAGGACCUAAAUCGAUAUUUGGGAGUCCUAGUAGUGGCUUCAGUAGCUUCCCAAUGUCAUCUUCUGGGGCGCUGGGCGAACCCUUCCCAGUUAGCAAAACAGAUGUCAGACAAGGGUGUGAAGAAGGUAUUUCCCCGAUGGAGCCACUUCCCAGCCUCAUGAAAGGACUGAAAAGGAAGGAGGACCAGGAUCGUUCCCCAAGGAGACACGGCCAUGAGACAGCAGAAGAUUCGGACCCCCUGUCCAGGGGCGAUCAUCCUCCAGAUAAACGACCUGUCCGCCUGAAUCGACCCCGAGGAGGCACUUUGUUUGGUCGGACGAUACAGGAUGUUUUCAAAAGCAAUAAAGAAGUAGGUCGUCUGGGCAACAAGGAAUCUAAAAAGGAAAUUGGCUUUGUUGAGUCUGGGGAAAGUGACCACAUGGCCAUUCCAGGAGGGAGUCAGUCUGUCCUGGCACCUUCCCGGCUUCCAGGUGUGAAUAAAGAGGAAGAAACCGCAAGUAGAGAUAAAAAAGAAGAUUCUCUAAGAGGAACUCCUGUGCGUCAGAGCAAAAGAAGUGAGAGCACAGACAGUCUUGGGGGCUUGUCUCCCACUGAAGUCACAGCAAUCCAGUGCAAGAACAUCCCUGACUAUCUCAACGACAGGACCAUUCUGGAGAACCACUUCAGCAAAAUUGCUAAAGUGCAGCGCAUCUUUACCAGGCGCAGCAAAAAGCUUGCAGUGGUGCAUUUUUUUGAUCAUGCAUCUGCAGCCCUGGCUAGAAAGAAGGGGAAAGGUUUGCAUAAAGACGUGGCUAUCUUUUGGCACAAGAAGAAAAUAAGUCCCAACAAAAAACCCUUUUCCCAGAAGGAGAAGAAGCCAAGUGCAGAAGAAGCCAGCCAGGGCACGGAGGACACGCCCUUUCAACACUCUCCUCUUGGCAAGCCCGCAGGGAGGGCUGUGGCCGGCGGCCUCCUGAGUAAAAGCUCUCCAGUGAAGAAGCCGAGUCUAAUGAAGACCCUCCAGUUUGAGGGAGACCUUUUCGACUCAGGCUCCGAGGGCUCUGAGGGCCUCGGGCCCUGCGUGUCAUCCCUCAGCUCCCUGAUCGGCACAGUGGCUGAGACGUCUGAGGAGAAGUACCGCCUACUGGACCAGAGAGACAGAGUCAUGCGCCAAGCUCGGGUGAAAAGAACCGAUCUGGACAAAGCGAGGACUUUUGUUGGGACGUGCCCGGACAUGUGUCCUGAGAAGGAACGGUAUAUGCGGGAGACCCGGAGCCAGCUGAGUGUGUUCGAAGUGAUCCCGGGGACUGACCAGGUGGACCACGCGGCGGCGGUGAAGGAGUACAGCCGGUCCUCGGCGGAUCAGGAGGAGCCCCUGCCGCAUGAGCUGCGGCCCUCGCUGGUGCUAAGCAGGACCAUGGACUACCUGGUGACCCAGAUCAUGGACCAGCAGGAGGGCAGCUUGCGGGACUGGUACGACUUCGUGUGGAACCGCACACGGGGCAUCCGGAAGGACAUCACGCAGCAGCGUCUCUGCGACCCCCUGACGGUGUCCCUGAUCGAGAAGUGCACCCGGUUCCACAUCCACUGUGCCCACUUCAUGUGCGAGGAGCCCAUGUCCUCUUUUGAUGCCAAGAUCAACAACGAGAACAUGACCAAGUGCCUGCAAAGUCUGAAGGAGAUGUACCAGGACCUGCGCAACAAGCGCGUCUUCUGUGCCAGCGAAGCCGAGUUCCAGGGCUACAAUGUUCUGCUCAAUCUCAACAAGGGAGACAUCCUAAGAGAAGUACAGCAGUUCCAUCCUGAUGUCAGAAACUCCUCCGAGGUGAAAUUUGCUGUUCAAGCUUUUGCUGCGUUGAACAGUAACAAUUUUGUGAGAUUUUUCAAACUGGUCCAAUCGGCUUCUUAUCUGAACGCUUGUCUGUUACACUGUUACUUUAAUCAGAUCCGCAAGGACGCUCUCCGGGCGCUCAACUUCGCGUACACCGUGAGCACACAGCGAUCCACCGUCUUUCCCCUGGACGGGGUGGUUCGCAUGCUUCUGUUCAGAGACUGUGAAGAGGCCACAGACUUCCUCACCUGCCACGGUCUCACCGUCUCCGACGGCUGUGUUGAGCUGAACCGGUCUGCAUUCCCGGAGCCAGAAGGACUGUCCAAGGCCAGGAAGUCGGUGUUUAUUACCAGGAAGCUGGUGGUAUCGAUCGGGGAGAUGGUGAACGGAGGGCCGUUGCCCCCAGUCCCUCGUCACACCCCCGUGUGCAGCUUCAACUCCCAGAACAAGUACAUCGGGGAGAGCCUGGCCACAGAGCUGCCCAUGGGCACGCAGAGACCUGGCCUGGACACGGCGGGUGUCGAGAGGGGAGAGGACUGCGGUGUGGAGCCGGGCGUGCUGCCGCCUCUCCCUGCCCCCGCACCCCCAGCUGCGCCUCUGCCUCCCGUCCCUGCACUGGCCCUGCCGGUGGUGCCAAGCCUCUUCCAGCCCUCCAUGCAGCCUGAGCUGCUUCCUCCAAAGCCGGUGCCUGUGUACUCUGACGCGGACCUGGCUCAGGUGGUGGACGAGCUCAUCCAGGAGGCCCUCCAGAGGGACUGUGAGGAGGUCGGCUCUGCGGGCGCCGCCUACGCAGCUGCGGCUCUGGGAGUUUCAAACGCUGCCGUGGAGGAUCUGUUAGCAGCAGCAACCACGGGCAUCUUGAGGCACGUUGCCGUCGAAGAAGUGACUGAGGAAAGGGAGCGGAGGGAGGAGGAGAGACGGCGGGCUGAGGAGGAGAGGUUGAAACAAGAGCGAGAACUGGUGUUAACCCAGCUGAGCCAGGGCCUGGCCGCGGAGCUGAUGGAACUCGUGGUGAUGGAGUGCGCGAGGGACACCUGCUCCCGGGAGUUGAGGAACGCGGUAGAGACAGACCAGAGGGCCCGCAUGGCCCGUUGCUGUGAGGACGUCUGUGCCCACCUGGUGGAUUUGUUCCUCGUGGAAGAAAUUUUCCAGACUGCAAAGGAAACACUACAGGAACUUCAGUGCUUCUGCAAGUAUCUACAGCGGUGGAGGGAAGCUGUCACAGCCCGGAAGAAACUGCGGCGCCAGAUGCGGGCUUUCCCCGCGGCCCCCUGCUGUGUGGACGUGAACGACCGGCUGAGGGCGCUGGCACCCAGCGCAGAGUGCCCCAUUGCUGAGGAGAACUUGGCCAAGGGCCUCCUGGACCUGGGCCACGCGGGGAAAGUGGGCAUCUCCUGCACCAGGUUAAGGCGGCUCAGAACCCGGACGACUCACCAGAUGAAGGUUCAGCACUUCCGCCAGCAGCUGUUGAGUGAUGCGGCGUGGGCACCUCUGGACCUGCCGUCCCUCGUGGCCAAGCACCUCCCGGGGAGGCGGGAGCGCGUGUUCUGGAAGCUGGUGCUGGUGUUGCCUGAUGGAGAGGAGCAGUCCCCGGGGAGUCCUGGCAGAAUUCUAGCAAAUUGGUUGAAAGUCAAGUUCAUGGGAGAUGACGGCUUGGCAGAUGCCACGUGCAGCGAUGCUGGCGGGAUUCAGACGCUUGCGCUUUUCAACACGCUCAGCGGCAGAGGGGGUCAGGCGGUUUCUGUUAACGUGUGUAUAAAGGUGGCCCAUGGCGCCCUCAGUGACGGUGCCCUUGAUGCAGUGGAGAUGCAGAAGGACCUCCUGGGAGCCAGCGGGCUUGUGCUGCUGCUGCCCCCCAGAACGAAGAGCGAGGACGUGGCGGAGGAGGAUGUGUACUGGCUGUCGGCCCUGCUGCAGCUCAAGCAGCUCCUGCAGGCCAAGCCCUUCCAGCCUGCGCUGCCGCUGGUGGUGCUGGUGCCCAGCCCGGGAGGGGACGCCGUCGAAAAGGAAGUGGAGGAUGGUCUGAUGCUGCAGGAUUUGGUUUCAGCUAAGCUGAUUUCAGAUUACACUGUUAUUGAGAUCCCUGAUUCUAUUAUUGAUCUACAAGGUACCACUAAGGUUUCACAGGCGGUUCAGUGGCUGGUCUCCCGCUGCCCCCGUGCCCUCGACCUUUGCUGUCAGACCCUCAUUCAGUACAUCGAAGAUGGGAUUGGCCGUGAGUUCAGCGGCCGUUUUUUCCAUGACAGAAGAGAGAGGCGUCUGGGUGGCCUGGCCGCGCAGGAGCCCGGCACCGUCAUCGAGCUAUUCAACAGUGUGCUGCAGUUCCUGGCAUCCGUGGUGUCCUCCGAACAGCUGUGUGACCUCUCCUGGCCUGUCACCGAGUUUGCUGAGGCAGGGGGCAGCCAGCUGCUUCCUCACCUGCACUGGAACACGCCUGAGCACCUGGCCUGGCUGAAGCAGGCCGUGCUUGGGUUCCAGCUUCCGCAGAUGGACCUUCCGCCCCCGGGGGCGCCCUGGCUACCCGUAUGCUCCAUGGUCGUGCAGUACGCCGCACAGAUCCCCAGCUCACGCCAGACGCAGCCCGUCCUGCAGUCCCAGGUGGAGAACCUGCUCCGGAGGACCUACCGCCGGUGGAAGAGCAGGAACCCCUCCCCAGACCCGGGGGCGGGGCCUGCGGUCACUGAGAUCCCGUGGGACGCUGUCGUGGCCUUGUGCAUCAACCACAAGCUGAGAGACUGGACGCCCCCCCGGCUGCCCGUCACAUCAGAGGCACUGAGUGAAGAUGGUCAGAUAUGUGUAUAUUUUUUUAAAAAUGAUUUGAAGAAGUACGAUGUUCCUUUGUCGUGGGAACAAGCCAGGUUGCAGACGCAGAAGGAGCUACAGCUGACCCAGGGACGUUUGGGGAUGAAGCCUUUCCAUCCUCCGGCAAACAGUUUUCCUGCUCCAUUGCUUCACGUGCACCACAAGGGGAAGAGGAGCACCGAGCGCGGCCGAGAGCGUAGGGUCCCCAGCGCCGAGGACCUGCUGCGACGUGCGUCUGCCGAGGAGCUCCUGGCCCAGUGUGUGUCGAGCACCCUCCUGCUGGAGAAGGAGGAGAACAGGAGGUGUGAAGAUCAGCUUCGGCGGUGGUUGUCUGAGGACUCCGGAGCACGCACGGACUCAGCUUCCCUCCCCCUCUACCUUCCUCAGACACUAGUGUCUCUGCCGCAGGCCAUGGGACCUGUGAUCAACGCGUCCGCCGCUGCCAGCCCACAGAAUGAAAGGGCUGGAGGACAGCUGCAGCUGACGGAGGCAACAGGCACAUCUCUGACCGAGCGGCUGAAGCACCUGCAAAGGCUGAUCCAGAGUUCAAGGGAAGAGGAAGUGGCCUCCGCGCUCCAUCUCUCCGCGCUGCUGGACAUGGUGGACAUUUAGCGGCUGACCUGAGGGGAGGGGUCUCUCCGGAAGCGUCUGCUUUUACUCAAAAUAAUGUUAUUCUCAGAUGCUUGAUGCACUGUUGGAAAUGUGAUUAUUAAUCAUGCAAAUAAACCAUGUGAAUGUC